GCAUUCUGGGAUCUGAGAACAGCCAUCCUCCAUCUUGCUUUUUUAGCCAUACAAGAUAAGUGGCACCGUGCAGUUAAAUGAUCACGUUGUUAUUAAACAAUUUAUUUGGAAGCAAGAGUUUCGCCUUCACCCUAUUGUCAUGCAGUCUGGGUUGAUUCCUUAAGUGUGCGUUUUGGAGCUUGUUUUAAAGACGUUCAGGUGCUUGCACUCGUCUAUCCGAUGCUUUAGAGGUGUUCAGUCUCCUGGUUAUUGCUACUGAACUCCACCGGCGUUUGAAAUGGGUCGUUCGCGGAGCCGCAGCUCUUCCCGCUCCAAACACACCAAAAGCAGCAAGCACAGUAAAAAGCGAAGCCGCUCUCGGUCACGGUCCCGGGACAAAGAGAGGAAGAAGCGCUCGAAGUCCCGAGAGUCCAAACGGAAUCGGAAGAGAGGUUCUCGCUCUCGGUCCAGAUCUAACACGGCCACGUCUCGCCGGGAACGGGAAAGAGCCGUCUCUCCCCCAGAGAGAAUCGAUAUUUUCGGCAGGGCGUUAAGUAAGAGGAGUGCUGUAGAUGAAAAGCAGAAGAAGGAGGAAGAAGAGAAGAAAGUCGAAAUGGAAAGACAGAGGAGAAUUCGACAGCAGGAGAUAGAGGAGCGUCUGAUUGAGGAGGAGACUGCACGGCGCGUAGAAGAACUUGUUGCCAAACGUGUGGAGGAGGAACUGGAAAAACGAAAGGAUGAGAUUGAAAGAGAAGUGUUGCGGCGGGUGGAGGAGGCCAAACGCAUUAUGGAGAAGCAGUUGCUAGAAGAGCUGGAAAAACAGAGACAAGCGGAGCUGGCCGCUCAGAAAGCUCGGGAGGAGGAGGAGAAAUCAAAGCGGGAAGAACUGGAGAAGAUUCUGGUGGAGAACAAUCGCAAGAUAGCCGACGCUCAAGCUAAACUGGCAGAGGAACAACUACGAAUAGUUGAAGAGCAGAGGAAAAUUCAUGAGGAGCGUAUGAAGUUGGAGCAAGAGCGACAGAAACAGCAGAAAGAAGAACAGAAGAUCAUUUUGGGGAAAGGGAAGUCGAGGCCUAAACUUUCUUUCUCUUUAAAGGCUUCUGAGUGAUGAAAACAAUGUAGCCAGGAUUUGUUCAGACUUUCUCCAGACCACCUCUCCGUGUGAGACGUUUGUGCUGCAGCAAAAGGUCUUCUUCAUAGGUCUCAUGUGGUGUGUUUCAAAUUCUCAGAACAACGGGAACAAUCAGAUUUGUCAGAAACCCUUCAGUUUUUUCCUGUUUUACCUGUCUGUUUUGUAUUACUGACUCUUGUAUAGAUCACCUCCACUUGUCCUCCAUGUAAUCUCUGCAAACGCAUUUGGUGCAUUGUACGAGCAGGGUAAAAAAGGACUGGCCUGACCUGCUCGUUCAUCCAAACGGUUUCCGGUUUCACUAAUUCAAGGCCUCAACAGAUUUUCCUGGCGGAUUUGAUUGAAUUAUUUUUAUUUUUUUAAUAGUUUAUUCAUAGUGUAAAAUAAUUAGAAGGAAAGAUUGACAGGGAAAUUGCUUGAACUGGAAUUCCAUCCCUCUAUUUUGAAUAGCACAGACCAUUAUGGGUUAAAUGGUAACCAGUCCAACCAAGAAGCAUCAUAAAAUGAUAAUAACCUCCUUUUAUCAUUUUUACUUACACGUUAACAAUUGAAUAUCCGAGAGGUAAAGUGAUGCUGUAAUAAAGGAUACCUGGUCGUUGCAUGUCAGUGAGCUGCGUAUAUGUUAGUGAUGAGAUACUUUUAGAGGUGAUCGAGUGAAAGGUUGCUGAUUGGCCAGAAUUUGUGUUUGUGGUUUAAUAUUUGACCCACCUAUCAAGAACAUGUCAAGAAUCUCCAAUAAAUCCAUGAAUGUGUCUUGUU